UAGAAGCUGUGGUUUUCUAAAACCCCAAGAAAACCUUAAUUUUUUGCAGAUUCGUCACCUGAAGAUGAAGGAUACCGUCAAGUCUGCAACUCAACGGAAUGUCAAGAUGAUACAGAUUCAUCACCUUACGAUGGAGAAUUCAACCAAAAUUAUGACUAUAACGAAGAAAUUGAGGUCUGCACUUCAAAGGAAUGUCGAGCAACAGCGGACCGUUGGCUUGCGGCGAUGGAUUUGACUGCGGAUCCCUGCGAUGAUUUCUACCAAUACGCGUGUGGCGGAUUUAUUGCAAAACACGCUUCUACUGAUCCGUGGGACUCAGUUUUUAACAUUCAAUUAAGCAACGACAGUAUGAACCAAAAUAUAAAAAAAAUGCUCCUAGGCGAUUCCUACGAGGAGGAAUUGAGAAAGGCACGGGACGAAUUUGCGGAUUGUAUUUUUAAUCGGAAUUUGACGGACAAGGUGACCUUGUCAACUUUUAAUGAGAUAAUGAAAGAGUGCACCUUUACCAUGAUGUACAUGUUCGAGUGGGAAUUAGCUUCUGCGUACGUUAAGCAGAAUCCGCACGAGGAAUCUAUCGAAGCGGUUCGGAACAUGAUAGACGCAAUCAAGUUUGAAUUUUGGAAGAUUGUGACGAACAGUGGCUGGAUGGAUGAUACGAGUUUAAAUGAAACAUUCAAGAAAGUACAAAAUCUGAUCUUAAUACUUGGCUACCCUCCAUGGUUUUUAACUGCAAGCAGACGGCCAUCCGUUGCGGUUUUAAGGCAACAGAGUCCGUUCCUCAUUGGUGCUACCUACUUCACUUACGCAAAUCUCAUUUUUUUCCCGCUGCUGACAAUGUCUCCUCCAUUUUACAAUCUAGGACUUGAUGUCUUGGACUAUGGAGCGAUUGGAGCAAUCAUCGGUCACGAACUUACGCAUAUGUUCGUAACGUACGAUAUCGACGCGAAUGGCAAUCGUAUUCGUAUUUGGCCUUCUUUCGUAAUAAAAUUAUAUGAUGAUAAAACUGAUUGCAUCAGAGUUCAAUACUUAGAGGCGUUCGAAAAGUUUCUAUCAUUUUGGGAAGGCGAAAGUCAUAAAAUUGGAAAGAAUAAAAAGAUGGAAGAGAAUGUUGCUGACUUCGCCGGUCUGAAAGCAGCUUUCUACGCCUACAAGCAACUCAACGGCCCAAAACGUAAGCUGGUGGACUUCGAAAAUUACUCUACGGAACAGCUAUUCUUCGUUUCCAAUGCGCACCUGAUGUGCUCGAGGGAAACAAUGGAAUUCAUGAAAUCACUUAUACUUCGAACCAAUCACAGUCCGUUCCGGUACAGGGUCAAUUUGCCGAUGGCAAAUUUCGACGAGUUCGCCAGGGCGUGGGGCUGCACCUUAGGAACCAAGAUGAAUCCUCAUAAGAAGUGCGUUGUUUGGUAGACAUCAACGAUUAAUUUUGAUGUUCAUUUUAUUGUUUGGCUUAAU